AGAUCCCCAAACCCCUGAAAACCACGAAUAGUGCUCGUGAGUGGUCUCAUUCUGGCGUGCACACCAGGGCUUUGACCCAUCUAAUAUUAUAGGAUUAUAAUUAAUUUAAUUAAAACGCAUGCAUUUGUAAUAUAAACAAUGCAUAAAGAUUUAAUAGCUGCCUUUGUUUAAUAUAAAGCACUAAGUGCAUAUUAAUUAUCUAUACAUAGGAUUAUUUGCUUUACGUUUAUCGGUGGCUGGAUUAAAUUAAACUAUUCAGAGAGUGGAGAGGUAAGUGUGGGCCCGUGGGGGGGGGUAACUACUCCAUAUUAGCCUAGCCUAGCCUAGCCCGUGAGCACUCGGAUAGAUAGCGCUGCUGCGCUGUCUCCAGCGUGGGCUGCCGCUACAGGAGCAGAGGAACCUCUGAGUCAACCGUGAGCCGCACGGGGCAGGACACCACCGAGCAGCCUCACCGAAGAGCACGAAAUCCACAGGGCAUCUAAAAACACUAAAAAUGACAGCCACAAAGCCACAGAGCAUGCUCCGAGAAGCCUCUCGUCAGGUCAUCGCCGGUGGAUCCGCUGGUCUGGUAGAGAUCUGCUUGAUGCAUCCCCUCGAUGUGGUGAAGACGAGGUUUCAGAUCCAAAGAGGCACCACUGACCCCACCAGCUACAAGAGCCUGGGUCACUGCUUCCGGACAAUUUUCCAGAGUGAAGGAGUAUUUGGAUUCUACAAGGGAAUCCUACCUCCUAUUCUGGCAGAGACACCAAAGAGAGCAGUCAAGUUUUUCACCUUUGAGCAGUACAAGAAGUUGCUGAAUUUGACCCCUUUGUCUCCCGGUGUGGCGCUGUCUGCAGCAGGGCUUGGUUCUGGCUUGACUGAGGCUUUAGUGAUCAAUCCAUUCGAGGUGGUGAAAGUCAGUCUCCAGGCCAACAGGGAUUCCUUCAAAGAGCAACCCUCCUCCUUUGCCCAAGCAAGACGGAUAAUUAAGUCAGACGGCUUUGGACUGAGGGGCCUUAAUAAAGGAUUAACAUCAACACUGGGGCGCCAUGGAGUUUUCAACAUGAUCUACUUUGGCUUCUACUUCAAUGUCAAGGACGCUAUUCCUACCAACCCGGACCCUACCCUAGAGUUCCUGCGCAAGUUUACCAUCGGCCUGUUGUCUGGGACCAUCUCCUCCUGUGUGAAUAUUCCCUUCGAUGUAGCCAAGAGCCGGAUCCAGGGCCCCCAGCCAGUGCCAGGAGAGAUCAAGUACCGCACCUGCUUCCAGACCAUGGCACUAGUGUACCGCGAAGAGGGGUAUUUGGCACUAUACAAGGGAUUGGUUCCCAAGAUAAUGAGGCUUGGACCAGGUGGAGCAGUAAUGCUGUUGGUCUAUGAAUAUGUGUCUGAGUGGCUGCAGAGAAACUGGUAACAAAACAGGGAACCCCACAAUGGUGCCUUAUGAACUGUGCCUUAUUGCAAGUAUCGUUACCUGAUCAGAGUCAUAUCGGAAUAAAUUCGAUAUUUUUUUUAUCUUGAAUACAAAAAACUCAAAUUACCAAAUCAGCAUUAUAUUAUGUUUUAAAAUGCAGCUUUCAUUUCCCACAUUCAAAAUGCUACAACACAUUUUGAGUCUGAAGGAACUGUUCUAAUACCUGAAAAUAGUCUUCAUUGAGUUUAAAAUCAUUGACAAAUCAGUGUUCCUAAUGAAGUCAUGCAUUAACAUAGUGUUUUCACAUUUCAUUGGUUGUAGUUCUCAUGUUUUUCUACUUUUUUGGGCUCAUCUCACUGGUUUGGUGCAACAAUCACAGAUUAAAUAGACAAAGACAAAGUAGACUGAGCUGAACGCUUCAGAAUAUGAACUCUAUUUAUAUAGAAAUACUUGAAAUGUGUUCAAAUGACAUAAAACACCAAAAAUAGAGUGAAGGCAUUUUUGUGAUUAUCCUGAUUUCUGUCUAUUUACAGCUAUACUUGAACAUAUAUCCUCAAUUAAGAUGAGUUUGUACAACGAUCAAUCUCCAGUCUCCUAUUUUAUCACAUUAUAAUAUAUAUAUAUAUACAUAUUCAUCUUUUUAUGGUAUAUGUAUUCAUAAAUGCAAAUACAAGAUGCAAUCAGGAAGUUCAGACAUAGUGUAGAGUAGAAAUCAUAUUUAAAUUUAAAUUCAGCAGCCUUCAAGAACACCUCAUUGUGCAGCAAAGCACUGCUUCCAGUGCUACUGCAACUUUUGGAGGAUUCCUUGGAAGUCUGCUUAUUGAUUACACCUAUCUUCAUCCGUGUACUACUGAGCCUUAGCAGAAAUAGUGUUUUAAUGUCUAACAAGAACACUGACGUUAUGAAAGCUUAUUGCAAAAGUUAUUAAUGCAUAUGUUUUUGCCAGUUUGUUCUUAAUACACGGAUCAAACUUGGCACCAGAAGCCCAUGGCAUCGCAAAGGCACGCGGAGAGUCUCUUUUGAUGUCGUUCCAUAAUUAUACUGGAUGCUGGGGGCAAACCGUCCUGCCUGAGACAAUCAGUCACAAAACUGUCAACAUCUUUGAGAGCUUCCUGUUUUCCACGUUAUUUUAAAAAAAACAACAACAACAAUUUAACAUGCAGUUCAGUUUUUUCAAUAAUCAUUUUCUGGCUUUGUCAAGAAAAGUGCUAUGGAAAAUAUGAAGGUUUUGGUGCACCCUGCACCAUGAAAAUGGACAGUAUUCGAUGGGAUUCUUCUGUUUUUAAUGUACCUCCAAAAAAAAAAUCUGAGUUUUAUAUGUUUUCAAGGUUUUAUUGAUAAAAUGUUGUGUGGAUUUUCCUUUUUAAGACCUUCCAGAAAAAAAAAACCUCAAAUCAAAAACAACAACUGGACAGUUCUUUCAUGUAUUGGUAACAAAUAAAAAGAAAAAAUGAACCCACA